AUGUUUUCUGCCAGACGUCAAUUAAUCAACUCAUUCAGACAAUUUUCCACUUCCUCAAUUAAUAACUACAAAGUCUCUGUUUUGGGUGCAAAUGGUGGUAUUGGUCAACCUUUAUCUUUGUUAUUGAAACUAAAUCACAAAGUCACUGAUUUAGCUUUAUACGAUUUAAGAGGUGCUCCAGGUGUCGCAGCUGAUGUCUCUCAUAUCCCAACUAAUUCAACUGUUAAGGGUUAUACCCCAGAUAAUGACGGUUUAGCUACCGCCUUAAAGGGUUCUGAUGUUGUCAUUAUUCCAGCUGGUGUUCCAAGAAAACCUGGUAUGACUAGAGAUGAUUUAUUCAACACUAAUGCUUCAAUUGUCGCUUCUUUAGCCUUAGCUGUUGCCGAAAACUCUCCAAAUGCUGCCAUUUUAAUCAUCUCAAACCCAGUCAACUCAACUGUUCCAAUUGUAGCUGAAGUCCUUAAAUCAAAGGGUGUCUACAACCCAAAGAAAUUGUUCGGUGUGACUACUUUAGAUGUCAUCAGAGCUUCAAGAUUUAUUUCCGAAGUUGCCAACACUGAUCCAACCAAAGAACAAGUUACCGUCGUUGGUGGUCACUCUGGUAUCACCAUUGUACCUCUAAUCUCCAAGACUCUUCACAAAGACAUUGCUAAGGAUGUUAAAGAUGCUUUAAUCAACAGAAUCCAAUUUGGUGGUGAUGAAGUUGUUAAAGCUAAAGAUGGUGCCGGUUCUGCUACAUUAUCAAUGGCUACUGCUGGUGCAAGAAUGGCCAACUCUGUUUUGUCUGGUUUAUCUGGUGAAAAGGACAUUAUUGAACCAACUUUCAUUGACAAUCCUUUAUACAAAUCUGAAGGUGUUGAAUUCUUCUCCUCUCCUGUUACUUUAGGCCCAGAUGGUGUUCAUGAAAUUCACACUUUAGGUACUAUCGCUGGUUUUGAAGAAGAGAUGAUUGCAGCUGCUAAAGAAACCUUGAAGAAAAACAUUCAAAAGGGUGUUGAUUUCACUGGACAAUUCUUAGCAAAACAAAAAUAA